AUGAACUCAAGAAAAGCUACUAAAGACAAAAUGAACAUAUCAAAUCUAACCAAUAAAGACGACAAACCCUCUAGUUUUUCCAGAUCCCUAAAACAAAUUCUUAACCCUUCCUCUCCAAAAUUAAUUUCAACAAAAUUAUUCUCAAAAGAAAUUACAAGACACAAUAGACUGUCCUCUCCUAUAAAAAAUUCCUUCAACUCUAACGACAUCGAUAAUUCAAACAAACAAAACAUCUCUAGAUUUAACAGACUAUCUCUACCUUCAACUCCUUCUCCCCCUCCUCCUCCUCCCCAAACUCCCUCCAUUCCUUCCGCUAAUCUCAAAGCUCAAUUUGCUUCUCCUGACAUUUCCUCCUCUUUUUUCUCCGUCCCUGCUUCGCCUGGCUUCAUCUCCGGUUCAAAGAGAACAAUAUCUGGCUCCAUCAAACUAAACAACGUCCCACAAACUCCACACCAAUUCCCUCUCAACAUUAACUCGGAAAACGAAUUUGAAAACGAAAACGACGAACAAUACGAAAAUGCUCUAGACAACCUAGGCCUUUUAAAAUCCCCCAAACAAGACUACGGCUCUUCUCAAGAUAUACUAAAUUCUCCAGAAAAAUUACAAGAAAUCACCUCAAUCCUAAAACACAACCUAUCAUCUGUCUACCUAAAACUUCAAAACAACAAUGAAAACCAAAAAUGGAAAAUAUCAAAACACCAGUCCCUACCAACUAACUUUCUGCAAAAUAACAAUUUCCAAAGUAUCAAUCUUUCAAAUCAAAAUAACACCACUACUAUCACCAGCAACAGCAACAGCAACAGCAACAAGUCAAAACACAAACUAAAUAGACACUCAUACAUUGACAAAACAAAACUCCUGAACCAGCGAAAUAUCUCCCCAAUCGACGACAAUGAUCGUCCUUCAAGAUCAAACCUACUCGCCGAAUCUCCUUUAAGAUCAACAAACUCUUCAAGGCACUCUUCCAGCUCAAGACGCUCAAAUCUUAGCAGCAACCCUCAUCGCCACGCCAUAUACGUCCCACAAUCCGUAGAAUUCAACUUGGCCUCUUUAGCAAACUCUCCCAGGCAAUUCCAAAGCAUAAACAACACUUCCAGUGAUCUCAUAUACAACCAUGCCGACGAAUCCCAUAUCUUGUCCGCCGAUGAUGCCUUCUUAGCUGUCAUCUCUAGAUCCAAAUUCGACAACAAAACUAUCUUCAAUACCAAUACCAAUACCAAUAUCAAUACUAACACAAUCACAGACAAGAACUCAAACACAAUCACCGUUAACAAUCAUGACAACACUAACAAUAACAAUCCAAAUAACGACAACAUAAUAGUCGAAUCCCCAGACCAAGAAAUAACACUUGAAAACACAAAGUCCACCUCAAAUUCUCCACAUAACAACACCAUCCCUGCAUACAUCCUACCAAAAAAAGAAAACGAUUUAGAAGAAUCUUCUGCUGAAAAACAGGCAAUCGAAUCUCUUAUGGCAAUUUCAAAUUCCCACAACUUAAACAACUUUCACAAAAGAUCUCCUCCAAGAGGCUCCACUAUCCACAGCUUAUUGAACAGUGACCUGGAUAUUCCAUCUAAUAAAUAA